GUACACUUGAUGACGUCUUGUGUGCGUGAGUAGGUCGAUCGAUUAUGUACAACGGGAUAGGUCUACAGACUCCUCGUGGGUCAGGAACUAAUGGCUACGUUCAGAGAAAUCUUUCGUUCGUUCGCAAGCAUCGCGAGCGCGUGAGUUACAACACGAGCGAAGACGUGGCCAAGCUCGACAACAUGUUAUGCAAACAACCGAACAAGGAAAUUUUAGAUCACAACAAGAAGCGCAAGAUCGAAGUUCGAUGCAUGGAGCUGCGAGACAAGAUGGAAGAACAAGGAUACUCUGAUGAUGAAAUAGAAUCCAAAGUACAAGAGUUAAGGACUGUGUUGUUGGUAAAGGAAAUGCCUCUUUCCAGUGCCAAGGAAGACAAGACUUCUGAAACUCAUGCUUUGGCUGAGAUGAACCAGCGUAAGAAUACAUUGUUAAAAGAGGCACUUGGUAUCGACAGCAGCUAUCAAGAAGGCAGUGCUUUUGAUCCAGAGCGGCAAAAGAAAAAGGCAGCCGAACGAGCAGCCAAAAAGGAGGAAGAGCAAUUGGCUAAGGAACAUAAUCAAGCAGAGAGCGAGCAGUCUCAGAGAAAGAGACAGCUUGAUAUUGAAGAGAAGGUUGAAACAAAGAAAACAAAAAAGAAAAAACAGGAAGAAAGUUCCGAAUUGUCGUCAUCAAGUGACAGCUCAGAUUCUGAGUCGGAUAGUUCAGAUUCUGACAGCAGCAGUAGUGACGACAGUUCUUCAAGCUCAGAAGAAUCAGAAAAUGAAAGACAUUCUCGUAAACAUCAAAUGUCAGCUGGCAAGAAAAGACAAAAGCAGAGGCAGCGGCAGGAAUCGUCAAAGGAAGACAAGGCUUGGAAUCGAGAGCAAAGUAGGAGGAGUAAGAAUGGCAUGGGAGACAGAGAAGGGAGACGAGAGCAAAGUGGCAGGCAAGACCAAGAAGGUAGGAGAGGCAGAGACGGAGAGGAGAGGAAGGACAGAGACAGAGAGAGGGAGAAGAGGAGAGACAGAGAAGAUGACAGAGACAGAGACAGAGAGAGGGAGAAGAGGAGAGACAGAGAAGAUGACAGAGACAGAGAGAGGGAGAAGAGGAGAGACAGAGAAGAUGACAGAGACAGAGACAGGGACGAGAGAAGAGACAGAGACAGGGAGGAGCAACGACGAGGUGGAGACAGGGAGGAGCGAAGAGACAGACACAAGGAGGAACGAAGAGACAGAAACAGGGAGGAACGAAGAGACAGAGGAGGAAGGGAAGAGCAGAGGGACAGACACGAAAAAGAGAAGAGGAAUCGGCACUCAGAUGAACACGAGCGAAGAGAUCGAAACAGAGACGACAGGAGAGAGCGAAAGCACAGGAAUGACAGCCACAGCGAUGAAGACGACAGAAGAGACAAUCGACAUCGAAGAGACAAUCGACAUCGAGAUGAUCACUCUGACUCUCGAAGUCGGUCCCGAAGCCGUAGUCGCUCGAGGUCUCGUCUACAGACGUCAGCGACAAUGACCGACUCAUCACCGUCUACUCCGCAGGUCAAACGCAAGCUGCUCGACGGCGAAAGCGAAGACUUCGAGCCCGAACAGAAAACGGCGAGAACGAGCGACGACGAGGAAUUGACUGCAGAAGAAGCCGCCGCUGCCGAAGUCCAGGAUCUGUUGGCCAGAAGGAAAGCGACGGUAGGGGCUAAAGAAGAAAUCGAGAGAGAAUACGAAGAGCUCUCCAUGGCACCGGAAGGUCAGCAUUCUGAUUUCUUGAAGGAGAUUCAGGGUCGAGCAGAGAUUGUGAACAAGGGUGCCGUGCAGAAUGAAGGCUUCAGGGGCAAGCUGUUGGACAACCUGGCCGGACGGUCUGAUGCGGACAACGCCAAGGAAGAUGACGAGGCUGCUGCUCUGGCAAUUAUUAGAGGCACUCACACGGGUAUAGAGGAUGCGAGUGUUGUUGCUCCAUCACACGAAGAUAUAGUUUCUGCUGCUAAAGAAAAGAUGCACGAAGCGACUGGCAUACCAAAAGGGAUGAAGUUUGAUAUCAAUAUUUCACCCGAAGAUGUGGAUGCAGCCGAUGAUGACGACAUGGAUGGGCUUGAUGUUAGUGUUGAUAUCAAUCUGGAUGUGGUGGUAGCUAAUCCUAGACUCAAUACUGACAUUCAGAAAUCUCGCUCAGCUCUUGCUUACAAAGGCGCAAUGAAGAAUAGACGUUUGCCGGUUUGUACAGUGAGUGGUUCCAAGUUGGUCACUGAGGAGAUCAGGAAGCAGCGAAUGGCUGAAGUGAUUGCCAGAGAGGAGACGAGGGCACAAGCAGUACAAGAUGUAGUAGAAGACAGCAAGAGGGAAGAACCUAUUGUUACCAGCAAGCCUGUCAUGAGCACGGCAGAUAAAGUUCGACAGGCAUUAGCGGAGAAAUUGGCUCGUCCUGCUAGAGAGGAAACAAAACCGACUGCACAACAGCAGCAAGUUCCAGAGUGGGUUCUGGCUCGUCAACAAAAGGAGAUCCUGAAGCAGUCAUCCAAACCGGGUGCCAAGGAUGCCGCAUUAUCACAGUCAGGCGAAAACAUUGAAGCUGUAAGUGACCUUCCUACAAGUCAGACGGUGAUAGAACAACAGGUUGAAGAAGAAAGGCAAUUCAAACCUUCGCUGAGCAAAUUGGCUGCAUUGGAGAGACCACGUAGACGGUCAAGCAAAGAAAUGCCUGCCCAUCAAGUCGUACUGAGGAAAACACCAGGAUCAUCACGAGAAGGCUCUACAGAAAAGGAUGUUAAGCCAUCUAGAGUACAGUUGAAGAAAGUGGAGAGGAAAGCAGACACGGAUCAGGUACACACUCGUAGUAUCACACCAGAUACGGAACACGAGCCAGUUUCUCAAGCAAAGUCGAGUAGUCAAGACCAGGAAAAGGGAAGCGAGGAACAGACAGGCAGCAGUGAAGUCGGUGACUCUCAGGAACGAGGAUACUCCGGAGUGCAAUUACGAAAGGCGUCACUGGAAAACAAACCGCUGGCCAGACAUUCAGCAAGUCCACCAGGUUUUACUGCAGUUCAGCUGAAGUCUACAGAUCAGAAGAGACAUUCGCCUAGUCCUAUCACAAACAGCAAACCCGAGUCGCCAUCAUUUGUCAAACAGGAAGAAAUAGAAUCCAGUCAAGCAUCGGAUAAUUCACCUGCAUUUACAAAGGUCCGUUUACGUAGUACGGGCACUAGACUCUCAUCAUUGGAGCGAGAACUGACAACUGGCGACAGCAAACACGAGAUAAAUGAAAGUACUGCAAGUAAACCAGAAACCAGAGUGGAGCCAGCUCAAAGCCACAAAGUGGAGAAUUCCAACAAGAAGGAAGAGAAGAGACUGCCAAAUACACCGACUAGUGAAAAGGCCGGUGAAAAGCUGACAAGUGAAAAGGCCGGUGAAAAGCCAACAAGUGAAAGGGCCACUUUGUUUGCCAAGAAACGGGCACCUCCGGCAGUUAGUCGCAAACCCGUUGUCAGUUAUGUGACCGACGACGUCCCUGCGUGGAAGAAGGCACUCAUGGAAAGACGAAAGAUGGGAAAAGCUGCUCCCAUUCCUCAUGCACCUAAACAGGACGUGCCACUGGAGGCCGACAAGAUUCCCCAAUGGAAACGCGACUUGAUGAUGAGAAGGAAGAAAACAGACGACAAAAUAAAGAUUGAGACUACAGCUAGUGCACCGAACGUGAAUCCCGUUUCCAGUCAGGAGCCUGCGUGGUUUCGUGACCUUCAACAUAAACGAAAAAGUAGGAUUGAGAGCAGCUCAAGCGUGACCAGUAGGAUGGGAAGACUAUCGGUCGCUGACGACAACGUGCCCAGCUUCAUAAAGGAGUUCGAAGGGCGAAGAAAGAAAAGUGCAACUCCAGCUCGUGGACUGGAGCCAGAGUGGAAAAAGCAGUUGCAACGAAAGGCAUCGGAACAGGAUAUAAACGGUGGUGAGAUGGUAUAGCCACGUUAUAUGAUUAUUUGGAUAAUUCGUUCAAGGCAAGAUGUACAUGAAAGAAAGCUUAGUGUUGAGCGCAUAGUGGCAGUCUAGAUCAUUUUAGAGUGACUUGUUUUUACGUAUAGAGAGAGGGUUUUCGUAAUCAAACUAGAGCCGGGCUGUUCUGUUUUGUUUUGGUUUUUGAAAGACUUUCUGUGUGGUUGGAAAUAUCGUCAGCCCACAGAUACAUGGGAAACUAGUGUAGUUUCUAGAGUGACUGCAGCAGAUAGGUGAUGGUCCUGGUAGUCUUAGAAUGAUGUGUUGCUUACUAUCUAAUGGUAAUCAGGGAAAUUGGAGUGAGUCAAUUUAUGGGGUAGGUUGCUACUGUAGCC